CCCAGCUGCCACUCAGGCCCCGGCUCCCUCCCCUCCACCGAGUGCCCAACACGCAGCUCGGGGCGGAGAGACGGACCCCGCGCAGCUGGCCACCGGGGCUGUGGGACCCUCGCCACGCCGCCCGGUGUGGGGCCGGGGCCUACGAGCCAUGCUGUCCUCUCCGGCCGUGGUGCUCCACCCGUACAGCCUGCCCGUCUACCCGCAGGUGCCCCAGUGCUACCCGGGCCUGGUUCAGCAGGGUAGCCAGGAUGCCGCUGCCCCCGCCGACCCCAUGACUCAGACGUACCCCGCCCCGUACCCCCCGGCCCGGCUGCCCCCGCCCUUCCGCCCGCCCGGCGCCCUGCAGGACUACCCGCCGCAGACCCCCGCCGAGCACGGUCUGUGUCUCUACCCGGCUGGCCAGCCCCACCCGGAGCACGCCGCCCCGCCGGAGCCCCUGGUGCCAGCCCUGCCUCCUCCCCCUGCGCCAGCCGAGGAGAGUCCCGCGGCCGCUCUCACCCCAGAUGGUCAGGAGGCAGAGAGCGAAGACAGCAAAUCCCAGCCCAAGCGGUUACACGUCUCCAACAUCCCCUUCCGCUUCCGUGACCCCGACCUGCGGCAGAUGUUUGGGCAAUUCGGGAAGAUCCUAGACGUGGAAAUCAUCUUCAACGAACGCGGCUCCAAGGGUUUUGGCUUCGUGACCUUCGACAGCAGCCAGGAUGCGGACCAGGCGCGAGAGAAGCUGAACAGCACCGUUGUGGAGGGCAGGAAAAUUGAGGUGAACAACGCCACGGCCCGUGUGGUCACCAAGAAGCCUCCGGCAGCACCUGCGGUGAACGGUUGGAAGAUCAACCCCUUGGUUGGCACUGUCUACGCCCCCGACCUCUACACAGUGGCCACCAUCCCCUACCCGAUGGUGGCCCCGGCGGCGCUGGCCUAUCGCGGGGGCCUGCGGGGCCGUGGCCGAGCCAUCUACAGCCCGAUCCGGGCAGCUCCUGCCCCGUCGCCCGUCCCUGCCUACGGGAGUGUGGUGUACCCGGAUGGGCUGUACGGCACCGAUGUCUAUGGCUAUGCAGCUUACCGUGUGGCACAACCCCCUGGGGCGGCGGCAACGACAGCGGCGUACACAGACGGGUACGGCCGGAUCUACACCACGGCGGAUCCUUACCACCACGCCGUCACUCCAGCCUAUGGUGUCGGGGCCAUGGCCAGCCUGUACCGCGGAGGGUACAACCGCUUCACGCCGUACUGAGGAACCGAGGGCCGGCGGCCGUGAUGGGAAGGGGCCUGGGCAGUGGGCUCUGAGAUCUCGGUGUGGAUAGCGACGGGCACGUUCCAUCGAGUCCCCUGCUCCCAACACAGAGUGUCCCGGACGGGUCGGGACACCCAGUCCUAGCACCCCAGACCCGUUACCCAGAAUCCCCUGCGGGGGACCCCAACUGGCACCAGCACCGUGUUAUCCAGAAUCUGCUGGGGGGGCCCCCGCCUGGUCCCAGCGUCCUGUUACCCAGAAUCUCCCCGGGGAACUCUACCCGGCCCCAGUGUCCUGUUACCCCAGAUCCUGCCUGGCUCCAGUCCCCUGGCCAUAGAGACAAUGGGGUGGUACAUGCAGAGAGGGGAGCGCUGCUGCCCCCCAGGCAGUGGAGAUGAGGGUGAAUUUGGCCAGUGUUUAAUAAUCCGAUGCCUGCGUCCCACCCGGGGCAGGAUGGGGCCGUAAAGGGGUCACUGAGUGGGGCUCGGGAAAGGGGGGUUUGGUCUUCCCCAACCGUCCCAGACGACCGUACCCCGUUCAGGACUCUGUUCUGUCUUGCCUCCCCCCAUGUUUCACCCCUCUUAAAAACGAUGUCAACCUCAUGAACGUGCUCGCACCAGGGCUUAAAUUCAGCCGCUGCUGUCCGGAGCGGAGCUCUGGGCAAUAUUUUCCAACCCCCCUGGAGUUUUUAUAGCAUGUUGGGGCGCGGGAGGCAUUGCGGGGAGGGAAAUACUCCCUGAGAAUUUUAGCCCUGGUUUGCCCGCAUGAGUAAAUGACAGCAAACGCGUGUCUAAUACAGCUAGGGUGACCAGAUGUCCCGAUUUUAUAGGGACAGUCCCGAUAUUUGGGGCUUUUUCUUACCAAGGCUCCUAUUACCCCCCACCCCCAUUCCGAUUUUUCACACUUGCUGUCCGGUCACCCUAAAUACAGUGUGAAUCCACACGGGACGUUACCGGAGAAUAUAGUCUCUCGAGCAGCCAAACCAGGCCUUGUCCGUAUGAAAUUGGAAUGAUUUGGCUGGGGCUUUUUAUGUCACCUGUUGUAAAACUGGACAACUAUCUAGAUGAGUUGACGUCCGCCCGGAAGACCUCCGCGUUCCCCGCCCCGGUUGAGAGCCACUGCCACGGGAAAAAGAAAACCCGGGGAAAUUCUAAACCUGGGGCUGUUCCCAAGGGUCAGGGCCCGGGAUCGUGGCCAGAGGCCUCAGGCAGCCGCUAAGCAGGGAAGGUGAGACUGAAUCUCCCAGCAUCUCGCCCUGGGCUCAGGGACCCGACGUUGACUGAAUUCCUUUUCCAACUAGCGCCCGUCUCUCUCGGCUCCCUACCCUGCCUCUCUCCAUUUCUCUGUAGCUUUCUCCCCCCUCCUGUGUCCUGCAUGCGUCCUGCGCGCUUUCAGCUCCGCACCGGUGUCUUUUGUGUUUAGCAAACGCUAGGCUGGGGGCCUGUCCCAUGUGCUGGCCCGGGCCGGGGUCGCGUUGAAAGCAGGUUGAGCGGCGAGAGGUUUGAACCGUGGCGGAUUUCAGGGUUUCUCCCGGCGCCCGAGCCAGGCCUCGCCCCAGCGCAGUCUCUCAGGGAAAGCACUCACCUGCCAAAGCCUCUCUCCUGGCCCCGUUUUCUUGUGUGUGAUAAAGCUC